UACGCGUCCAGUUUGCUGCUGUCAAAAGUUCACGAGUCGAUUUAUAUCCGCUUCCCCGCAUCUCGUUGGAGCGUAGAAGAGACUUUAGUUCUUCUUUAUUGAAAAACGACUCGUGAACAUUACCAUCGAGCUCACGAGAAUAGCGAGGGUGUUGGUCACUCAUAAAAAUUUUUUUUAUUAUUUAGAAAUUAUCUCAUAUAAGUUUGAACAAAAGCUGGUGAGAAAAAUGGAAUAAAAGUGUAAGUGACGAAAUAUUUAUACAAGUUGAAUUGUGAUUGUGUCUAUCGUGAGUUUUUUCCUUGUUAUUCUCCUGGUUAAGAAAAACCUUCGUAGCCCCCUUUUGUCAUCAUCGUCAACUCUAACUUGCCCCUCUUACGGAUAAUUCACCCGACUGGGACGUGUCGAGGGGUUGUGCCGGCGGUCCGGAGGUUCCUCCGAAUUAUCGAUCAAAUACAGAUACCUGAAGUCUACCCGGGGAAGAAAAGUACCGGGAAAAGUGUAAAUGUGUCGAAAACUUAUCAAUAUUAUUAACUAUUACGUCUAAAGUUCCCUUCGAAUACAGUGAAUAAUAUUUUGUGAUAAAAGCACGCUGUUACGCAGUACAAUUUCUCUUCAUACAAAGAGCUGUUUAGUGUAAAUUUUUAUAUUUUUUCUUGUCUUCAUCGAUUUAAGUGUAUGUUACAGCUAAAAGUUAUCAGUAUUUAUCUUAGUACCUAGCAAAAGCUAAACUGAAUCAGGGAUACUUUUUAAAUAAUCGUCGUUAGGAUAUCAGUAUAAGGGUGGCGGCGUUAGACGACUAUUUGAGGGGGCACUUUGUGCGGCGGUAGUCAGGUGUGUGCGUGCGUAGAGCGCGCGUGUAGUGUACACAUAGAAUAAAAAGAAAUUGGUGUGCGCGUGUGCGCUCAGUAGUGUUUUGUGGUGUUGUGUGUGUGCGUGGUGGCGGGGGCUUUGCCGUCCCGUGAUAGGGGUGAGAAUAAAAAAAAGCGGGGGUGGCGUUUGUGAAAGCAACGUGUAGCAAAAUGGGCUGUGCUAUGUCUGCAGAAGAGCGGGCCGCUCUGGCCCGCAGCAAACAGAUUGAAAAAAAUUUAAAAGAGGAUGGACUACAAGCAGCCAAAGACAUUAAACUUUUGCUAUUGGGUGCUGGAGAAUCUGGGAAAAGUACUAUCGUAAAACAAAUGAAAAUUAUUCACGAGAGUGGAUUCACACCCGAAGAUUUUAAACAGUAUAGGCCUGUCGUUUACAGCAACACGAUACAGUCUUUAGUUGCUAUUCUUAGAGCAAUGCCCAAUUUGGAAAUAAGUUAUUCAUCAAAUGAACGUCAGACUGAUGCAAAGAUGGUGUUUGACGUAAUUCAACGGAUGGAAGAUACAGAGCCAUUCAGUGAAGAACUUCUGGCUGCUAUGAAAAGGCUGUGGGCUGAUCAUGGUGUUCAAGAAUGUUUCGGAAGAAGUAACGAAUAUCAGCUCAAUGAUUCUGCCAAAUACUUUCUGGAUGAUUUGGAUCGAUUAGGUGCAAAAAAUUAUCAACCUACAGAGCAAGAUAUUUUGAGGACCCGAGUAAAAACUACUGGAAUCGUAGAAGUACACUUUUCAUUUAAAAAUCUUAAUUUCAAAUUAUUUGAUGUGGGAGGACAACGGAGUGAACGUAAAAAAUGGAUACAUUGUUUCGAAGAUGUUACAGCAAUUAUCUUUUGUGUUGCAAUGUCGGAAUAUGAUCAAGUUCUUCAUGAGGAUGAAACCACGAACCGUAUGCAAGAAAGUCUUAAACUGUUUGAUUCAAUUUGUAAUAACAAAUGGUUUACGGAUACUUCGAUAAUUCUAUUCUUGAAUAAAAAAGAUUUAUUUGAAGAGAAGAUUCGUAGAUCUGCACUCACCAUUUGUUUUCCUGAAUACAAUGGUGCUCAGGAGUAUAGUGAAGCUGCUGCGUAUAUUCAGGCACAAUUUGAAGCAAAAAAUAAGUCGACCACAAAAGAGAUUUACUGCCACAUGACCUGUGCUACAGAUACAAAUAAUAUUCAAUUCGUAUUUGACGCAGUUACAGACGUGAUCAUUGCUAAUAAUCUUCGCGGUUGCGGUCUCUAUUAAAAUUUCUUAAUAUUUGGUAAACACCAUCAUCAAUUCCAAUAUUAUUGUGACGAACGUGGUUUCUCCAUGUCGAUCAUUCAAUCGCUUCGGCUCAUUCUCAGGACGUCGUCAAGUCACAACAUAUUAAAAAGUGAACUCUGAGCUGAUUGCUUUCUUCUUCCUUGUCUUUAAGUUCUUUACAUAAAUCUUUCAAGCUAUGAUAACUGAAAUACUAUUGAAAAUAAAAAAUUAGCAAAAUGUGGAGAAAUUAUGAAGAUAAUUGAUGCUACAUAUUUAUGUACAAGACUAUUACAUUAAAAAUCUUUGAUUCAGUAUAAGAUGAGCCGAAGUGUGCAAAAUUUUGAAUACAAUACGCUUCGUUCCAGUCGUGGUGGAUGAGAACGCUAUCCGCGUCGAAUGAACGCUAAGUCAUCAUCACUUUUUUCUCUGUGGAAGCACCGACACCGAGGUAUUUUUUCACUUACUUGAUGAAAUGAUUUUUAUCAUGUUUAUUAUCAUCAAUGCACAACAAUAUGAAAGAAACGCUGGACAAUUUUAGGAUUUUUUUAAAUGUCUAAUACAAAACGUAUAAGAUAUAAAUUAUUUAACAUUAAUUUUUUCGAACUGAUAUUAAGAUUUAUAUUUUCACUGUGUAACAGUUAAAGUUGAUCGCUGAUGACAGUUAUAAGAAGAAAAUAUAAUUUCAUAUUAUUUUUAUUUAUUAUUAUAUUGUAAAUAUUUGUUUUUGGACAAAUUUACUACAUACUUUUCACAACAUUUAUUGCAACAAUACAUUUUUAUACGCACACAAAGCACAAAUAAUGAAGAUUAUAUUAACGAAUCACAUAUUGUAUUUACAACAAAAUAAUUAAUUAUUUACCAUAAUGCAGAUUAUUAUUUUUCAUAAAUGAAUGAAAUGUUAGUAAAAUGACCAAAUAUGUGCCAAUGAGCAUAAUUUUACAAGCUUAAGUAUUUAGUUGUUUUUUUUUUAAUUUAUCAAGUUGAUUUGUUUUAUUAAAAGUUUUGCUACAAUUUGUCAAAUAUUGA